CAUGGCUUUGCAAAAUAUAUUAAUUACGGUUAUAUCCUCACACUUAAUGAAGCACGGCGAGUAGACGUAACUUGUACCUUCGGUGGCACGUCACCCUAUCCGUUACCUUUGGAAUCCUUAGAGUAGAUGAUUUCAUCCACUUGACAACACUAUUACCUUUUAACACCUUAAAGUUUCAAGCUGUUCUCUAUAAAGCGCAAGCAUGGACUCAACCACGGAAUUGCUGGCAGACCUUGCCCAAGAGUACCAACGUUCCCGUAUGUUCCUAGAACAACUUGAGGAGAGCCUCAAGCAGUCAUGCUCACCUUUGUCACAUCCGGAAACGGAGGCAGCAGUUCCAAGUGAGGUGUCUAGUCAAGUAAAAGAAGCACGAAGCAGUGAUGUCAAGACCUCGUCAAGGCUCAAAAUGCAGCUUGCAAAGCUGUUUUCUCGUAAACAUGAAGCCGGCGCGCGCCUGCACGGACGAACGGCAAAAGCUGAAGCGGACGAACUGCCGGUGGCACGUAUGGCCGCUGUAAGUUUUGGUAACGUUUCGCCAGAUUCGCCUCUCUCGCCGGUGAAGCGGGCAACAAGCAGUCACUCCCCAGUCCUGCAGCCCACUCUUUCAUCCAGCUCGCAGUUUAGCCGCAUGUCAUGGGACGUGCGCCACCUAUCCAUGACGCAACAGCAAGUGCAGCAGCACCCGCACAGAGACCGUGCGCAGCGGCGGUCUUCCUCCAGCAACACUAACUUUUCUUCUACCAGUCAGUUGUCCGGCAACACCCACCUGCGAGUUGUUGGCAAUCCGGUGGAUUCGGUUUCUGCGUCUCAGGUCUGCCACAAGGAUAUGCCGUCACCUCCCUCCUCGACGGCGUUGCCCGAAAUCCCAUCACAUGGCAGCCCCAACGCGCUUGCAGAGCAGCCAAGCAUCCAGCGCUCAUAUCGCCGCGCCUCCGUAACUAUAGUGGAGGUAUCAGCUACCGCUGGCCUACAAGCCCAUAACCCUUCUCCUGCGCCAGUUGUGCACGAUUCUUUCCGCGUCCGGCGCCAAUCAACGCUGCGCAGGACUCCAUCUUCCUACAUGCUUGGAGCCGGCAGCGGUCCCAGCAACAGCGGCACCUGCAGUACAGGCAACCUGAGCUCUAACCUGAGCGCUCCUGCGCAGCAGCAGCACCCCCUGACGUCUGCCUCCUCCCUCGGAAGUCCGAUCCCCCCCGCCUCCACCUCAUUCUCCAACACAGCUCCCUCACAGGCGCUGCAGAGGUCCUUCACUGUUGCCUCCAACGCCGGCGGAACGACAAUGCCGCCUUCAUCUGCUGCCGCGGCUGCCACUGCUGCAGCUGCUGCUGCUUCCAGCGCCAUUAAGGGCAGCAGCCUGAAGCAGAUGCGGACGUACAGCUUGGGCCCGGCCGCAAGCAGCGGCACUGGCAGGGUCAACAGCGGUGCGGGGGGUGCCUCUGGUGGCAUCGCAGCGCGCGUGCUGCCCCUGGCCGGUGCUGAUGACAUCGAUUCCGAGGCUGAGGCCGCUGAUGUGGACGAGAUCAGCGGUUACGGUAUUGGGUUGUCUUCUGCGGUCCCAGCACACGGGGGUGCAGCGACCACCAGUGGCUACAGCAGCGGGUCAGGCAUGGGCGCCGCAGCUGCCGCUGCCGCUGUUGGUGCUGCAGCGCCCGGCAGCGGCAGUGUUGGGGGUGGCAGCCCCGCUGUGGCUGCACCGCGGCGGCGUGUGCGUCAGUCCGUCAGUGCCAGGAAUCUCGCCCUGCCAACAACUGCGUACGCAGCCGCAACAGCAGCAAUGCCACCCAGGGCUUAUGCUGCAGCUGAUACGGCUGCGCUGACCUCGCCUUCGCUGCCGCACCUCACGUCGCUCCCAACUCCACCCUCCUCCUCCUCCCAACAGCGGUACCUGCAGAGCCCCGGAGGUGCCGGUGGCGGUUGCGGCGGUGGGAGUGGCCUCAGCGCUUGCGGCGAGAUGCAGCCUCAGCCGCCCCCGCCGCCGCAGUUGCAGCACCCUCCCACACCCAUGCGCAACCGCUCCAUCCACCGCCUGAGCUCCUGUGCCGACUACUUCCUGCCCGGCGCCGUCAACCUGCCAAUCCCCGCCACCACCAGCACCAGCAUGACCGAUGCGGUGGGCUCCUCUCCCCCGGGGGCUGCGGCGACAUCGGCCAACGGGGGCGCUGCUUGCGGCGGGGCACCCGUCACCACCGCCAACAGCAGCAGCAGCAGCGCCAGCAUGUCUGGUUCUGCAGCUGGUGUGACCAGCGGCCACCACUCGCACCGGUCUUCCUACCAGUACCACCAGCAGCAGCACCUGCCGUCGUACCCUCCGCAGCAGCAGCUGAACUUGUCGCUGUCGCAGUCACGGCGGCAGCACCUGUUCAGGCUGCAGCGCUGGGGGGUGCUGGAGGACGGCGAGGAGGAGGCGGAUGGGCUUGAUGCGGGUGGCAUGGAGCUGGCGGGGGCGGGCGGGGGUGGCGGGGUGGGGCAGGUGCAGGCGGCCGCGGCAGGGGUUGCAGCGCUGAGGGCCAAGUCGUACACCUUUGGGCACCACCGCGGCUAGCGGCUUAGUACUCGUGUUUGCGAGUUCCCUUGACUGCAUGGGAAGUUGGGAAUGACGGUGUUGCGCGGCAUUGGAACGGGGAUUGUGUAGGGGGUGAAUUACGAAAGGUGAGACGUAGUGGUGUGUUGAGCAAAAUGCGCCUUGUAACAUUACUGACCGUAUCUGGCGACCGAGGAGAGAUGCACUGGUGGCUGCUAUUGGUGGUGUGCUGUACGGGGGACAUUGCGGUUAGGGCCGAGCUGGGAAGGCGGGCCUAAUGAGCUGACGUGAUGGAGAGGUCAAGUGUUUUAAUUGCAUGCCAUCAUAAGGUACUGAAUAAUGUGCGGUUUGGCUGAUUCCGGUAAUCGAAUGACUUAAGGCGCCCGUGUCUAAGAGAUGGCGACAUGAUGCAAAGGUGUACCAAGCUUGGAUGUGCGAGAGGUUGCAUGAGGUGUGUUAAGAAAACUGGCCGCGAGUAGGAACGUACUGGGAUGUCGGAUGAGGUGUGUGCGCCAGGUGGUGCCCGCGAUGGUGGGUGCUGCAGGUGGUGGUGUGUCGGAGGGUCGGAAGGGAAGUGAAAGACGAGAGAAGGUGCAGGAGGUGCCCGGCGCUGCAUGUUGUGGGGUGGUGAAGCCGUGAUGUGAGACACAUGCAGGUGAGGGCGCUGCCUGCCUUGCGUGCUUGCUGGCCACGAUGGUGGGCUGCGGCAGCGGAUGGUUCAUGAGAGGAGCAGGGGUGAUGCACGUGUGGCAUGUGAGAGAGGUGCAUGAAGCGGAGUGCCGCAUGCUGGGGCUUGUAGGCAUGAGCGGGUGGGUGGGCGUCUGGUAUGGGUCAACUUUUGGUUUCAAAAGUAUUAAAUGGGCUUCAUAUACCGCUAAUUGAGUUUCCUUUGUGGAACACAUCAACACGAUACGACCUGUUUCUCUGUAGGGUGUGCACCGCUUGGGCGUUUUCUGCUCGUGGACCGUGCGUUUUGCUACAUGGAGGACGGUCGAUGAGGUAGCACUGUUGUGACGCUGCCUCUCCAUAUCGCAUAAAUCUUAUGAAGUUGCUAGAUUUGCUGAUUGGCCUUUGUACUUCCAUAACACUUGACUGCAUCCCUGAGCAUGUCAGCUUGGACUCCAUAUGUUACUGGUCGUUUCCUGUAUGGGAUAUAUAUAUGCUGACGUUUGUUUAACUUGAUGGGCUGGACGGGGGUGCAGGCGGCCAGAAGCAUCAGGUCUGGUCGUGAUGGCGUCGGCUGGCGGGUGACACUGUUUCGCCGGGGGAUCAUGUUUAAGGAGCAAGAUGAGUAGCAUUCCAUGCGCCAGUGCAAAUGCCUACAUGUAUGGCCAUGGGAGAGUGUUCUUUGUUCGGGGCAUCAUGCAUGAUGGCAAGCACUAAAACCCCAUGGUGUAUACGGCGGGUUACGAUUGGCAUUGCCUGAUGCUGCUAUUAAUUAUGUGAAGAAAGUGCCCGGUGUUGGUGUCCCUGCGUUUAAGGCAACCCGACCUUGACCAAGAGGUGCGUCAAAGGAUGCGCCCAAGCGGGGUUAGUUAGCCGGUCGUACUGCGACGUCUGUUGAUCACAUGAUGCACUAAUUAUGAGCUUUCUAUUCAUCACAUGCGGGGAUGCGUGAUGGCUGCGUUAUGAGGACAAUCGUGGAUCGUGCGUGUUGGCGGCAUGGUGGCAUUGGCCGCUGGGAUGGCAUGUGGUGUAUAAUACCGGUACACCCGGGAGGGCUUUACGGCCGACCACCCUACCGGCGUGCAUGCUUCGCAUGGCAGCGUUUGCUGGCCAAGGAGGACGGGGUGCCGUACCGUACUGCGGUUGGACUGGUUUAGUUAUGGUUGUCCAUUCUACGCAAUUGGUAAGCCUUAGCAUGGGUUAUAUCUUGUUGAUCGUGCAUUGCUUGCUGCUUCUGCUGUCGUCCAUGCUCGUGUGCUAGGCCCUCGCAGCAGCUGUGGUUGAAGGGUUCAUGGUACCCCUGGGGAGCGGGGAGGUGCACUUCCUGCCAAGACCCUUUCUCCCUGCACUCGUCGCAUGAUUGCUGUACCAUCGUACGACAAUGUGUCCGUCGCUUUGCAUUCGCUGUCGCUCGGCAACGCGCGCAGCAGGUUCUACAGCAUGCAUUUGGGCACGGCUGGUGUGUAAUCGGAAAGGAUGUCGGUAGUUGUAUGGGCCACGAGGUGGCUGAUUGACCAUGCGUUUUGGCUUCUGGAUCCAGGCUGACAGCACUGCUUGAAGUCUGAUAACAGGAUGCCGCGCUAAUGUGAGUUACUGGUUGCUUGUAAUUGAUGUGUGGUUGCGUUGUAAGAUUUGGUGUAUGUCUCGCUAGGGGGCCUAUGCGACUAAUUAUGUGACAUGAUUGCACUUAGGUGUCCGGACUGGUGGGGGGAGCUGCGGCUUGAGGGGAGCUGUUGUGAUCAGGCCGGUAGUCAUCUGGGCCAAGAUAUGAGAGGAUGAGGACCCCUUAUCGUGUCUUGCCGUGCGGUUCUGCGGACCCUGCCGUACAAUGGAGAGAGCAUCUUCUGCAUCAUUGCAGACCUUUAAAGGCCGUGAUGUGGCUUCACAACUAGUAACUAGUUUGUCGUUGUUCACGUGGGAAGGAUUAACUUAAAAGUGGUUCCGUACGUUGUAGUUUGUCUGCAUGCACCGGUGCGCAACCCGCACCGUGUGGCUAAGAUAUUCGCACAGGGUUCGUACCACUGCAUGAAGCUUUUGCUGUGGUGUCGUGCACCGUUACCGGCACUGCAUUUCACCGACAGAUGUAUGAUGUGGUUCUGCGUAUGUACGCGGUUGGAGUUGUGGCUUUGUGCUCUGGUUCGUUCGUGGCCUGGUUGGUACAGCGUAUGACAACAACGUGUCGUACAACCGCCAGUCGUGCUCUUAGGCUGCGCAGCCCCCUGACUCGGGACUGUACCUUGCCCGCAACAUAUGCAGGGAUGUAGGACAGCGGUUGUUGCCCUUGCAUGCACGCCGGUAGCGUGGCCAUUGUUACUUAUUAUUUGAUCGGUGGUCUGAUUAGGGUGAUCUAGCUUUCUCUGGCCUGUGACUGGCCUGAUGGAUUAGAGAGCGGCCACCGGCUGGCAAUGUAAUGCUGAUCACGCAAUCCUAGGCGCGACGCCGACUCCCCAGAAUGCUACAUAGUUGGUCCUGGCCGCAGCGGAGUUGCCACAUGCGACAUCUGAGAGUUGAGAGCAGGGUACAUAGCACGCCGUCCAGCUACCUUGCUACACGGGCGAUGCAGGUACCCACAGCACGACAGCAUGCAUAACUUGUGCGGGAGACAAGCUAUCGCGGGGCGAAAUGAACAAGAGCCACAACGAAAAAUUAGCAACUCUCUUAUAGUUCUCUGAGUAUGGCUACCGCGGCAAUACCGCUAGGCCGGAAGCCGCCGUCGAAACUGAGCCAUGAGGCCGCGAUUUUAGAAGUUCUGCAGCGGCUUCCUCCGCCAGGAGGUCCCAAAAUUGUUUAUCAGGACUUAGAGACCUUAAGUUUGGGCUCAAAUGGCAUUGAACCAAUUGACUGGGAUUCCAUGCCACGCUCCUGCGAUCCAGUAUUUGUGUUGGACAAUCCAGCCAACAACACACGUCGAAGGGGCAACUUAGAUCAGCAGCUGGCGCAAAUGGUUCUCGGGCGGCCUGAGGAGGUGGCACCCGAGGUCGCGGUAGCCGCAGCUCAGCGACCGAGCACCGGAAGGAGCAGAGGAAUGGUCAAGCGCUGGCAGGUGGAGAGCUUCGCUGCUGUGCUCCGCCGCCUGCUGCCCCCACCACCUCCCGCCUCCCCCUCCUCCUCCUCCCAGCCAGAGCCCAGGCCACCACAUGUGGUGGACUUUGGCUGCGGCACCGGCACCCUGCUGCUGCCGCUGGCGGUGCUCUUCCCGCACUGCCGCUUCACAGGCAUCGAGAUGAAGCCCGCCGCGGUGGCCCUCCUGCAGGAGCGAGCCCGUGCCGCCGCCCUCCCCAACGUGACCGCCCAGCGCUGCAUGAUCGAGACCUUCCUGCAGCAGCCCUUCGACGUGGCGCUGGCGCUGCACGCGUGCGGCAAUGCGACAGAUGCCGCGCUGCAGCUGGCGGUGCGGCGGCGGGCGGCGUACGUGGUCAGCCCCUGCUGCGUAGGCAAGCUCAAGUUCUCCCUGGCGGGCGGCAGCUCCUUCAGCACCCACCACACCGCCUACACCCCCUGCAUGCCCGGAGACAAACCCUCCGCUCGGACCCGCCCGCAACAACCACCCUCCAGCACCAAACAACCAGCAGCAGCCACCACCACUGCCCAGCAGGAGACUGCAGGCCCCGGGGCUUCUGCUGCUGCUGCAGGUGCUGAUGCGGAUGCGGAUGCUGCUAGCGGAGCUCAGGUGGCGCCGGCAGAGGCGGGCGCAGCAGGGGAUGCGGCUGGGUCGGCGCCGGAGGCGGUUAGGGAUGCGGGUACGGCAGUAGUUGCUGUGGCAGGCCUGGUCGGUAACCACGACCCGGGUGCAAGAAGAGGUGGAGGAGAGGGCGGAGAGAGGGGGGAAGCUGGAGGCGAGGGCAGCGGUGGUGGUGGUGGUGCAGUGGAGUUGGGGGAGGUACGACACCCGCGGUCUCACUGGCUGCGGACGCGCCUGCCCGACCCGGAACACAACUUCAGGAUCAUGGCCAAGGUUGCUGAUCAGAAUCACUCUGGGGAGGCGGCUGCGAGCUUGGAGGAUGGGAGCUUGGAUGGUGAGACCAGCAUUGCAGCUGCUGCGGCUCGCGCUUGCAAAGCACACGUGGAGUUGGACCGUAACCUAGCUGCCAGCGAGGAGGGUUAUGCGGUUGGCCUGUUCAAGUGUUUUCAGUGGCAACUCAUGGCGAAGAACGAUUUGUUGGUUGGCGUUCCAUCAGAGCGGACAGAGUGGGCUGGCCUGGUAAACCAACUGGCGCGUUUAGAAGAUGCAUGAGGCUUAAACUGCAUGCGCCGGUAGGUUUGUUGGGAUUGCGACGUAGGAUAUUCAGCUAGUUGGUCGGAAGUAGUUGGCGCUUAAAGGUGUGGUCUCUAUUCGCUCAUCCAAAGCUCAUAGGAGCGCGCGUCUGCACGUCAACAUUUUAUGCACUGAACUACUUGCGCUCUGUAAUUGCAUGUACAAGUUGGAACGCGGCACAGCCUUGCAAGCAAAGUCAACUUUCUUCCGCGCUGAACCAGCUUCUUGCCCCCACAUAGUUGUCCGGAUGCAAAGCCUCAAACCUAGAAGCAGCCGAGCGGGAUGCGCGGGCAGUUCUACUGCGCGUCGCCAAAUCGGUCGACGAUGCCUCGUCGUCCGAGCCACAGCCAAACCUGCUACAGAGGAGCUCGUUGAAAUCGACCCAAUUACUGGUCAACCUAUUUCCACAGCGGCCUUAACAUCACCUGUGGCUGGCAACCGCAUCCAAGCCGGCCGCUUCACGUGGGCCUACCGUGAGGCCACCCCCGACCCCGCCCAGGCCUCUCCGGACAAACCAGACGUGAUGCUGCUACACGGCCUGGCCUCCAGCUCCUACUGCUACAGGAACACGCUAGGCCUGCUGGGCGGCUCCGGCUACCGUGCGCUUGCUCCCGACUGGCUGGGGCACGGCGACUCCGACAAGCCGCCCGCAGCCGCGUUCGGGUACCGCGAGGAGGACUUUGUGGGGGCGCUGGAGGAGUGGGUGGCGGCGGUGGGGGUACGGCGGCCCUUUGCGCUGGUGGUGCAGGGUUUCGUGCUGGGUCAGUACGGUCUGUCGUACGCGCUACAGCACCCGGACCACAUCUCCCGCCUGCUCGUCCUCAACACCCCGCUGGCGCUGAGCUCCCGCCUGAGGCCGGAGCUAGCGGCCUACAAGGCGCCCCUGCCCUUCAUGAGGCCCUCGCCGAACAAGCCGUUUGACUUCAUGACGUACAACAUGAGCGGGUCUCCGUACGCCAUGGCGGAGAAGGACGCACUUGCGUACGGCAGGUCAGCCGGCGACCCGGCGGCGAGUGCAGCGGUCGCCAAGACCAUGGAGGAGCUGGACUGGGCGGGUCUGCUGCGGCGCCAGGACGAGGGCUUCCGGGGCUGGCGCAGACCCAGCGUGUGCCUCUUCGGCUCCUCAGACCCCUUCCUGCAGCUGGGCGGGUUGGAGGAGUGGUUGGACAGCAAGCGCACCAAUAUGCGGGCUGUCACUCUGGCGGCACAGCUGGGCCACAUGCCGCAGGAGGACUACCCGCAGGCGCUGCACGAGGCGCUGCUGCAGUGGCUGCGCGGGGACACGGACGCGGGGGACUUCAAGCAGGGCAGCCUGCGGAUGACUCGCUACGGGCUGGUGGAGGGGGGGAAGAAGAAGUGAUGAGAAGGGGACCACAAUUCCAUG